UAAUAGAGUAGCUCUCUAACGAAAGUUGGAGGUGCGGGAAACCCAGUGACAGCACAGCAGAAGCUAUUUCUGGUGGUGGUUGAAUCGGUGUCUCCCACAAUGCUGUUAUACUUCAGACUCACAGAUCAGAAGAACUAAGAACGCAUUGCACAUCUCUUAGCUUUCGUUUUUCAAAAUCUCUUUGAAAGACAUGGAAACUACACCAGUCUCCAAGCUGCUACUAUUUUGCUUGACGCUCCUUCUUGUGGGUUCUGAGCUCGUGCGCUGCUCAGUCACUUACGAUAGAAAGGCUAUUAUCAUCAAUGGCCAUAGAAGAAUCCUCAUUUCUGGAUCCAUUCACUAUCCCAGAAGCACCCCUGAAAUGUGGGAAGAUCUUAUUCGGAAGGCCAAACAUGGAGGCCUUGAUGUUAUUGACACUUAUGUUUUCUGGGAUGUCCAUGAACCCUCUCCUGGCAAGUACAAUUUUGAAGGGAGGUACGAUCUGGUACGGUUCAUUAAGACAGUGCAGAAGGUGGGGCUCUAUGUUCAUCUUCGCAUUGGGCCUUAUGUAUGCGCCGAGUGGAACUUUGGAGGAUUUCCUGUUUGGCUGAAGUAUGUUCCUGGCAUGAACUUCCGGACGAACAAUGGACCUUUCAAGGCUGCAAUGCAAGGAUUCACCCAGAAGAUUGUGCAAAUGAUGAAGGAUGAAAAGCUAUUUCAGUCUCAGGGUGGUCCAAUCAUUCUAUCUCAGAUUGAGAACGAGUAUGGACCAGAGAGUAGGGCCAUGGGAGCUGCUGGUCACGCAUAUGUAAAUUGGGCUGCACAUAUGGCUGUUGGACUGGGUACAGGAGUACCGUGGGUGAUGUGCAAGGAAGACGACGCCCCAGAUCCUGUGAUAAAUACAUGUAAUGGCUUUUACUGUGAUGAAUUCUCUCCGAAUAAACCGUUCAAGCCUAGCCUCUGGACCGAGGCUUGGAGUGGCUGGUUUACAGAAUUUGGGGGUCCAAUUCACCAGAGACCAGUUCAAGAUCUAGCAUUUGCAGUGGCGCGUUUCAUACAAAAGGGUGGUUCAUUCGUGAAUUACUACAUGUACCAUGGAGGAACUAACUUUGGACGCUCAGCUGGAGGUCCAUUCAUCACUACCAGCUACGACUAUGAUGCUCCCAUUGACGAAUACGGUCUUAUAAGGCAACCUAAGUACACUCAUUUGAAGGAUCUUCAUCAAGCUAUUAAGCGAUGUGAAGAUGCUUUGGUUUCUUCCGAUCCUACUGUUACAUCUUUAGGAAGGUUUCAGCAGGCGCAUGUGUUCUCUUCAGGAAGAACAUGUGCAGCUUUUCUAGCAAAUUAUAAUGCAAACUCUGCUGCUAGGGUAACGUUCAAUAACAGACACUAUGAUUUGCCUCCUUGGUCCAUAAGCAUCCUCCCUGACUGUAGAGCUGAUGUAUUUAACACGGCAAGAGUGAGAGUUCAAACGUCACAGAUAAAAAUGUUGCCUACCAAUUCUAAGUUCUCCUGGGAAACCUACGAUGAGGAUCUAUCAUCUCUGGCGGAUGGUUCAAGGAUGACAUCCGCGGGACUUCUGGAUCAGAUAGACGUUACUAGAGAUAGAAGCGACUAUCUAUGGUACACAACCAGCGUUGACAUAAGUUCAUCAGAAUCAUUUCUUAAAGGAGGACACAAACCGAGCAUUAACGUACAGUCUGCAGGGCACGCUGUUCAUGUGUUUGUUAAUGGGCAGUUUAUAGGGUCGGCUUUUGGAACAAGAGAACAGAGAAGUUGCACAUUCAAUGGACCCAUCAACCUGCAUGCUGGAACUAACAAAAUUGCUCUUCUCAGCGUAGCUGUGGGAUUACCGAAUGUUGGCCUGCAUUUUGAAACAUGGAAGACAGGGAUCACAGGUCCAGUUGUGCUAGAUGGUUUUGACAAGGGAAAGAUAGAUUUAACGCAGCAAAAAUGGUCUUAUCAGAUUGGUCUAAAGGGAGAGGCUAUGAAUUUGGUGUCUCCCGACACAAACUCAUCUGUUGAGUGGGUCCAAGACUCACUGGCCACCCAAGCACGUCGGCAUCUGAAAUGGCACAAGGCAUAUUUCAAUGCCCCAGUGGGGAGCGAACCACUGGCUCUGGACUUGUCAAGUAUGGGAAAAGGUCAAGUGUGGAUCAACGGGCAAAGCAUAGGAAGAUAUUGGAUGGCUUAUGCGAAGGGCAACUGUAAUACCUGUGGCUACCAAAACACAUACCGACCCAUUAAAUGCCAGCUUGGUUGUGGACAACCCACACAACGAUGGUACCACGUUCCAAGGUCGUGGUUAAAGCCAACGAAGAAUUUGAUGGUAGUUUUUGAAGAGUUAGGCGGGAAUCCUUGGAAAAUAUCUCUAGUGAAGAGAACAGCUCAUACUCCUCACCAUACUAAAUCCGAUUCAGAGAACAGAGAAGAGAGCCCCCAUUGAAAGAUGGUUCAGCUGGUUUGUCGGUGGUUGAAUUGAAAAAAUAAUAAAUAAAAUUAUAAUUGGUCUCACUUUCAUUGUCAUUUGAUUCAAACACGGAUGUGGUCGGCGAGCCUUUUGUGUUGUGUCAUCGCAAUCCUUAUCUUUCUUUUUUUUGUUACAACAAUCCUUGUCUUCCGACCUGGUGUUAAAUCUGAAAUCGGCCAACGUGAUGGAUAUAAGAGAUAUGGCCAAUAUAUUACUAUAUUAUAU